AGAGAGAAAUGCUCCUGGGAUUUAAAGUGAGCAGAGAGAAGAGAAGCCAGGAAUAUAUGAAACAAACACAAACCGAGAGGCAGAAGAUAGUGUCUGAUUUUCAGCAACUGCGGCAGUUCCUGGAGGAACAAGAGCGACUCCUGCUGGCUCAGCUGGAGAAGCUGGACAAGGAGAUUGUGAGGAUCCAGAAUGAAAAUGUCAGUAAAGUAUCUGAGGAAAUUUCCCGUCUCAGUGAGCUGAUCAGUGAGCUGGAGGGGAAGUGUCAGAGGCCAGUGACUGAAUUGUUGCAGGACGUCAGAAGCACCUUGAGCAGGUCUGCGAAGGGGAAGUUCCAGCAGCCAGAGGAGAUUUCUCCCAAGUUAGAAUUGAGACUCAGUGAUUUCUCCCAGAAAACUGUUGCUCUAAUGGAGACUCUGAGGAAGUUCAAAGACACUCUGCCGUCUGCACUAGAGACAAAAAGAGGAGGAUCCCUUGGAACAUUCAGACAGGCAAAUGUGACUCUGGAUCUAGACACGGCCCAUCCCGAGCUUGUCCUGUCUGAGGAUGGGAAAAGUGUGAGACGGGGAGACACACAGCAGGAUCUGCCCGACAACCCUAAGAGAUUUGACACUCGGCCCUGUGUGCUGGGCUGUGAGGGAUUCACCUCGGGGAGACAUUGCUGGGAGGUGGAGGUGGUGGCUGGGCGAUACUGGGCUGUGGGGGUGGCCAGAGAGUCUGUGGGGAGAAAGGGAGGGGUCACCCUCAGCCCUGAGGGGGGGAUCUGGGCUGUUGGGUGGUGCCUGAGUCAGUUCCAAGCUCUCACUUCCCCGGUGACCCCCCUGCCCCGGUGCCGAGCCCCCAGCGGGAUCCGGGUUUGUCUGGACUGUGACCAGAGGCAGGUGACAUUUAUCGAUGCUGGUGACGAGGCCCCGAUCUUCACUUUCCCACUGAUCUCUGUCCCUUGGGAGAGAAUCCGACCCUGGCUCUGGGUGGGGGUGGGUGGGAUCCCGGCUCAGAUUGUGUCCCUGAGACACACAGCAGAGGGGGAAACUGGAAAUCAGCCUCUCUAGCCUCAUGGGCCCCAGACUCUAUGAUCUUGGAGGACUCCUAUCUACCCAGCCCCUGGCUCCUCAUCUCUAUGGCCCCUGGAGGCUCCUCCCUCCCUCUCUGCAGCCCCAGGGAUGGGGGUGAGAACCCCUGGAGUUGCAGGAGGAGCAGAGGGGCCCUAAGGGGCAGAUGUGGGGGCUGUGCAGGGGGCAGAACUAAGAGCUGGGCUGGGCACAGGCAGACAUGGGAAAGGCAGGGCAUAGAAUUAAUUAAUCAGGGUUUGGGGGGUUGGGGAGAAGCAGCAGCAGGGAGCGUUUUGUACAGAUCUAUGUCAUUAGAUCUCAUUGGGGUCUCCCAGCCAGAGCUUCUGCAGCAGGGGCCCAAGUCACCUUCCGCUGUAGAUGCAGGGUUGGCACCACUGUAUUUCUCAUACCCAUGGGGGAUGGGCAGGGAGAGUUAAAAAAUCACAGGAUAAACCAGGUUACAUUAUAUAAUUUUUUUUGAAGCCUCAUGUUUUGGCGAGUCAAUUUCAGUUCUGCGUCAUGAUUUUUAACUUCUGGGGUUGGCAGUCAGGGGGGCCAGGGUGGGCUAAGCCAGAAGGAACCGAGAAAACACAAGGAAAAGAUAAAGUAAAACAAAAGAAACAGAGAGUCCUGGAGAAAGGGUGAAAAUUAAAUAUAAAAACAAUGAAAGGAAAACACUUUGAAGAUGGAAAAGGAACCAGAAGCAACGAGAGGGGAAGGGAUAAACUCAGGGGCAAGAAUGAGGAACAUGAGGGGAAAUGAUCUGCGACAGGGAUCAGAGAAGAAUGGAAGACACACAGAGAAAUAAACAGGGAUGGGAAAUGAGGGCUAGAAAAAUGGUUAGUAAUAAUGAACAGUAUGAAUGAGAAGGGAGAAGAAAAGGGAACACAAGAGGGACAGAGAUUUAUAAAACAUCACUUAAGGUGAGACUGUAACUCAGGGGUGGCCAACCUGAGCCUGAGAAGGAGCCAGAAUUUACCAAUGUACAUUGCAAAGAGCCACAGUAAUACAUCAGCAGCCCCCCACCAGCUUCCCCCACCCACACCCACUGGUGGACC